UCAAUGUGACACAAGGAAAAAGACACCGGAGCCCUGUUAGUGUUAUUAUUCUGAGCUAACUGUCAAGCAGAAACACAACCAGCUCGCAUUCAAACCGCACCUCACAACAUGUCUUCUGACUUCGAAGCCUACGAACAGGACUUCGGCACCCUCACAGCCGAAUUGACCAACAAAAUCGGCCGAAUUCCCAAACUGAGUGGAGAGGAGAAGACACAGCUGGUUCUAAAUGUCGACAAACAGCUUGAAGAAGUCAGAGAGUUGCUGGAGCAGAUGGACUUGGAGGUACGAGAGAUCCCCGUCCAGAGCCGAGCCAUGUACAACAGCCAUCUGAAGAGCUACAAGCAAGAGGUGGACAAGCUGGAGAAGGACUUUAAAAGGUCACGCAUCGCCUACAGUGACGAAGUGCGCAACGAUCUCCUGGGGGAUGACGCCAGCUCCUCGGAGAGCCAGUUGAUAAAGUUACGCGAAGAGAGAGCGCAUCUGUUGGACAACACAGAGAGGCUGGAAAGGUCAUCGCGGAGACUGGAGGCCGGCUACCAGAUAGCAGUAGAAACCGAACAAGUGGGCCAGGAGAUCCUCGCCAACCUUAACACCGACCGUGAGAAGAUCCAGAGAGCCAGGGAGAGGCUGAGAGAAACGGACGCCAAUCUGGGCAAGAGCUCUCGCAUCCUCACUGGCAUGCUGAGAAGGUAAGAGGCAGGAUCAUCCAGAAUCGAGUCCUGGUCUUUGUCCUGGGAGCCUUCAUUCUCCUCACUAUCAUCCUGGCCAUUUAUUUCAAUCUGCGAGGCCACUGAUCCUCCAUGUCCUCUCUCUCUCUCUCUCGCACACACACACACACACACACACACACACACACGCACGAUAAAUAGCGACAAAAGUGUUGUUUGUCAGUAAUCAUGACAAAUAGUUGUCAUGAAUCAAAGUUUUCCAAAGCCUGACAAGAAGAUUUUGUUUCCCUCCUAAAUCCAUCUCCUCUUCCUCUUCCUCCUUCUUCUUGUCUUUCCUCCUCUUCCUCUUCUUCGUCACGCUCUGGCUUCCAUCCUUUGGGACACAAAUAGAUUUGUUGAUGUCAGCAUCUUCCCCGGAUGAAGAUGAGGAUGAUGAUGGCGUCUCCUUAUCAGAGAUAAGACUCUCCAUCACUUUGUUUUAGUGACAAACAACUUCUGUGUAUCAUAACUGUAUUUAUUAUUUAUCAACCAGUCGUCUUAUUGGUCGUCUUCUUUUUAAAGGGUACACUUAUAGAACGUUUAUAAAUGUUUAUAAAAGCCUUGUUAAUCACCAAUUAAAAAUAAAAUAGUAAUUUUAAUCUGGUCGUGACAUAGUUCCUUCAAUCAUUUAUGGCCCUUAUGACGCUCAAUUAUAAAGCGCUACCUAUAUAGGAAAUUGCCACUCUGCUACGCUGCGUUAGUCAGUAAUAAACAGUACCAAUCAGUAGUAAACAGGGAUGGUCAGUAAUCAUCAAUAUUAAAGAGUGAUAAUCAGUAUAAAUUGGUAAUAAUCUCUAAUAAACCUCAAUCAAUAGUAGACUAAUAUUCAGUGGUUAACAGUGAUGUCAGUAAUAAACAGUUUUAAUGCGUAAAACAGUACUAAGUAGCAAGAAAAUUAUAAUUGGUAAUAAUCAGUAACAAAAAUCAGUUAUAAACUGUGAUAAUCAGGAGUAAACAGUAGUAAUCAGCAGUUAACAUUAAUAAACAGUAAUAAUCAGUGAAACAGUAAUGGUAGUAAAAAAAACUUAAACUGUGUUAAUCAGGAGUAAACAGUAAUAGCAGUAAAAAAAAAUCCACAAUAAACUGUGAUAAUCAGGAGUAAACAGUAAUAAUCAGUAGUUAACAUUAAUAAACGGUAAUAAUCAGUGAAACAGUAAUAAUAGUAAAAAAACAGAAAUAAACUGAUAAUCAGGAGUAAGCAGUAAUAGCAGUAACAACAAUCUGUAAUAAACUGUGAUAAUCAGGAGUAAACCUUAAUAAUCAGGAGUUAACAUUAAUAAACAGUAAUAGCAGUAAAAAAAAAUCAGUAAUAAACUGUGAUAAUCAGAGUAAACAGUAAUAGCAGUAAAAAAAAAUCAGUAAUAAACUGUGAUAAUCAGGAGUAAACAAUAAUCAGUAACAAAAUCAGUAAUAAACUGUGAUAAUCAGGAGUAAACAGUAAUAAUCCGUAGUUAACAUUAAUAAACAGUAAUAAUCAGUGAAAGAUUAUUAGCAGUAACAACAAUCUGUAAUAAACUGUGAUAAUCAGGAGUAAACCUUAAUAAUCAGGAGUUAACAUUAAUAAACAGUAAUAGCAGUAAAAAAAAAUCAGUAAUAAACUGUGAUAAUCAGAGUAAACAGUAAUAGCAGUAAAAAAAAAUCAGUAAUAAACUGUGAUAAUCAGGAGUAAACAAUAAUCAGUAACAAAAUCAGUAAUAAACUGUGAUAAUCAGGAGUAAACAGUAAUAAUCCGUAGUUAACAUUAAUAAACAGUAAUAAUCAGUGAAAGAUUAUUAGCAGUAACAACAAUCUGUAAUAAACUGUGAUAAUCAGGAGUAAACCUUAAUAAUCAGGAGUUAACAUUAAUAAACAGUAAUAAUCAGUGAAACAGUAAUGGUAGUAAAAAAAAACUGAAAUAAACUGUGUUGAUCAGGAGUAAACAGUAAUAGCAGUAAAAAAAAUCUGUAAUAAACUGUGAUAAUCAGGAGUAAACAGUAAUAAUCAGUAGUUAACAUUAAUAAACGGUAAUAAUCAGUCAAACAGUAAUAAUAGUAAAAAAACAUAAAUAAACUGUGAUAAUCAGGAGUAAGCAGUAAUAGCAGUAACAACAAUCUGUAAUAAACUGUGAUAAUCAGGAGUAAACCUUAAUAAUCAGGAGUUAACAUUAAUCAACAGUAAUAAUCAGUGAAACAGUAAUAGCAGUAAAAAAAAAUCAGUAAUAAACUGUGAUAAUCAGAGUAAACAGUAAUAGCAGUAAAAAAAAUCAGUAAUAAACUGUGAUAAUCAGGAGUAAACAAUAAUCAGUAACAAAAUCAGUAAUAAACUGUGAUAAUCAGGAGUAAACAGUAAUAAUCCGUAGUUAACAUUAGUAAACAGUAAUAAUCAGUGAAAGAGUAUUAGCAGUAAAAAAAACUCAGUAAUAAACUGAAAAUUAGGAGUAAGCAGUAAUAAUCAGUAUUUAACAUUAAUAAACAGUAAUAAUCAGUAGAUAACAUUAAUAAACAGUAAUAAUCAGUGAAACAGUAAUAGUAGUAAAAAAACGGAAAUAAACUGUGAUAAUCAGGAGUAAACAGUAAUAGCAGUAACAAAAAUUCGUAAUAAACUGUGAUAAUCAGGAGUAAACAGUAAUAAUCAGUAGUUAACAUUAAUAAACGGUAAUAAUCAGUGAAACAGUAAUAAUAGUAAAAAAACAGAAAUAAACGGUGAUAAUCAGGAGUAACCAGUAAUAGCAGUAACAACAAUCUGUAAUAAACUGUGAUAAUCAGGAGUAAACCUUAAUAAUCAGGAGUUAACAUUAAUAAACAAUAAUAAUCAGUAGUUAACAUUAAUAAACAGUAAUAAUCAGUGAAACAGUAAUAGUAGUAAAAAAACGGAAAUAAACUGUGAUAAUCAGGAGUAAACAGUAAUAAUCAGUAGUUAACAUUAAUAAACAAUAAUAAUCAGUAGUUAACAUUAAUAAACAGUAAUAAUCAGUGAAACAGUAAUAGUAGUAAAAAAACGGAAAUAAACUGUGAUAAUCAGGAGUAAACAGUAAUAGCAGUAACAACAAUCUGUAAAAAACUGUGAUAAUCAGGAGUAAACCUUAAUAAUCAGGAGUUAACAUUAAUAAACAAUAAUAAUCAGUAGUUAACAUUAAUAAACAGUAAUAAUCAGUGAAACAGUAAUAGUAGUAAAAAAACGGAAAUAAACUGUGAUAAUCAGGAGUAAACAGUAAUAAUCAGUAGUUAACAUUAAUAAACAAUAAUAAUCAGUAGUUAACAUUAAUAAACAGUAAUAAUCAGUGAAACAGUAAUAGUAGUAAAAAAACGGAAAUAAACUGUGAUAAUCAGGAGUAAACAGUAAUAGCAGUAACAACAAUCUGUAAUAAACUGUGAUAAUCAGGAGUAAACCUUAAUAAUCAGGAGUUAACAUUAAUAAACAAUAAUAAUCAGUAGUUAACAUUAAUAAACAGUAAUAAUCAGUGAAACAGUAAUAGUAGUAAAAAAACGGAAAUAAACUGUGAUAAUCAGGAGUAAACAGUAAUAAUCAGUAAUUAACAUUAAUAAACAAUAAUAAUCAGUAGUUAACAUUAAUAAACAGUAAUAAUCAGUGAAACAGUAAUAGUAGUAAAAAAACGGAAAUAAACUGUGAUAAUCAGGAGUAAACAGUAAUAAUCAGUAGUUAACAUUAAUAAACAGUAAUAAUCAGUGAAACAGUAAUAACAGUAAAAAAAAUCACUAGUAAACAGUUAUAAUAAACAGUUAACAUCAGUAAUAGAUCAUAAUAAAGCAUAUUAAUCAGUAAUAAUAGGUAAUAACAGUACAAAUGAGUAUAAGACAGUAAUAAACAGUGAUAAUAGGUAAUAAACAAGGUAUUUUGGUCAUGGAUAUGUGACUGACAGCUUGUGUUUAUUAAGGCUUUAUAACCCGUUUAUAAGGCCUAACGUGUGCUAAAGCUGACUAUGGUGUUGCAAGCGUGCGUGAGAAAGUGAACAUUGACAAUGAUGUUUCAGUUUAAAACACGGAUGACCACUUUGCAGCUUGGCCUCACUAUUUGGCAACUGACAGUGUACUUAGAAAAGUUUUAUACAGUUUGUUCAUCAGCAGAAACACUCUUGCUUAGCGUAAGCUGACUGGCAUUUGUCCUCAGUGUGUGCCCUCCAUCACCUUUUUAUAAAGCAUUAUUACUUCAAGUGUACCCCACUUGUGAAGUGUUAUAGCAGCUUAAUAAGCAGUAAUACAAGUCAUAAACAAGAAAAUGUAGAUGUUAAUUAAGGCUUUACAAGAUGUGGAUAAACGCUUUAUAGUGAGUGCCGUUAUUGGAAGAAGUGGGAAAAGUGGAAAGAGAGCCAUUCUUGAAAGUCAUGACAAGAAAUAAUAGAGCAGGUGUCACCAACCUUUUUGAAAGCAAGAGCUACUUCUUGGGUACUGAUUCAUGCGAAGGGCUACCAGUUUGAUACACACUUAAAUAAAUUGCCAGAAAUAGCCAAUUUGCUCAAUUUACCUUGAACUCUGUUAUUAUUAAUAAUUCAUGAUAUUUAUCUUUGUGGAAACACUGAUCAUUUUAAUGAUUUCUCACAAAAAAUGUUUUAAAUAGGUUGAAAUCCAAUCUGCACUUUGUUAGAAUAUAUAACAACUUGGACCAAGCUAUAUUUCUAACAAAGACAAAUCAUUAUUUCUUCUAGAUUUUCCAGAACAAAAAUGUUAAAGAGAAAUUCAAAAGACUUUGAAAUAAGAUUUAAAUUUGAUUCUACGGAUGUUCUACAUUCGCCAGAAUAAUGUUUUUGAUCGGAUCGGUGCGGCGUCUUCAGUAAUGCGGACGUUGUACCGAUCCGUUGUGGUGAAGAAGGAGCUGAACCGGAAGGCAAAACUCUCAAUUUACCGGUCGAUCUACGUUCCCAUCCUCACCUAUGGUCAUGAGCUUUGGGUCAUGACCGAAAGGAUAAGAUCACGGGUACAAGCGGCCCAAAUGAGUUUGGGUCUCUCCCUUAGAGAUAGGGUGAGAAGCUCUGCCAUCCGGGAGGAACUCAAAGUAAAGCCGCUGCUCCUUCACAUCGAGAGGAGCCAGAUGAGGUGGUUCGGGCAUCUGGUCAGGAUGCCACCCGAACGCCUCCCUAGGGAGGUGUUUAGGGCACGUCCAACCAGUAGGAGGCCACGGGGAAGACCCAGGACACGUUGGGAAGACUAUGUCUCCCGGCUGGCCUGGGAACCCCUCGGGAUCCCCCGGGAAGAGCUAGACGAAGUGGCUGGGGAGAGGGAAGUCUGGGUUUCCCUGCUUAGGCUGUUGCCCCCGCGACCCGACCUCGGAUAAGCGGAAGAUGAUGGAUGGAUGGAUGGAUGUUUUUGAAUUUUAAUCAUAAUAAGUUUGAAGAAAUAUUUCACAAAGCGAUUCGGACCAAGAAAGCGGCGAUUUCCCCAUUAAUUUGAGCGAAGAUGAAAGAUUCGUGGAUGAGGAAAGUGAGAGUGAAGGACUAGGAAAAAAAAAACAACUACCGUAUUCCCCUGAAUUGCCGCCGGGGCGCUAAUUCAUUUAAAACCUCUUCUCACUCCUGCACUUACCAAAGGUAUGCAGUAAACAUUUGAGUGUGAUGUAAGCUUGGACCUUAAAUCCUACUGAAUAGCUCUUAAUCUUCUUCCCUUUAUGCGAUUUCAAAUUACCGGUAUUGAAAUCAGCCACCCGUAUUUUGAAAAUUAUGACAGGGGAAGUGUCACUCGUGAUGUCACGAGUUUGACCAGGCGGUAAUACUAAGCAUGCGCUAAUUAUUUUGGGAAGCGAGUUUGACCCGGCAGUAAUUCAAGGUAGGCGCAUACUAUAUGCUCUGGGGCAAAUUAAGGAAAUACGGUAUACAGUGGGAGCGAUUCAAAUGUCAUUAGACAAAUUUACUAGGAUAAUUCUGGAAAAUCUCUUUUCUGCUUAUUGUGUUACUAGUGUUUUAGUGAGAUUAUAUGGUCGUACCUGUACAACCUGAAGGUUGGCCCCGCACCUUUCUUCAGCACCAGUCGACGGGUGGUGGCGAUGCCCAUCUCUGCCCUUCGCAAAUAUUCUUUGUCGAAAAAACAGAAGCUAAAAUGAAGAAUUUAAUCAAAAUCAAUUUAUUAUUCUUCACAAUAAAAAAAAAAAAUUCUUGACCAUUGAUUUAAAUUGUCAGGAAAGAAUAGGAAGGAAUUUAAAAGGUAAAAGAGGAAUAUGUGUUUAAAAAUCCUAAAAUAAUUUUUCCCUCUAAAAUUGUCUUUCUGAAAGUUAUAAGAAGCAAAGUAAAAAAAAUAAAUGAAUUUAUUUAAACAAGUGAAGACCAAGUCUUUAAAAUAUUUUCUUGGAUUUUCAAAUUCUAUUUGAGUUUUGUCUCUCUUGGAAUUAAAAAUGUCCAGCAAAGUGAAACCAGCUUGCUGGUAAAUAAAUACAAUUUAAAAAAAUAGAGGCAGCUCACUGGUAAGUGCUGCUAUUUGAGCUAUUUUUAGAACAGGCCAGCGGGCGACUCAUCUGGUCCUUACGGGCACCGCGUUGGUGACCCCCUGUCUUGGUGUAAGUUUUAAUGUAAAAAACAAAAACAAAUUGUCGUUCCUCAUGACGCCCCACCACCCCUCCUUUUCCCGCCCUGUCCGCCGCCAUCGUGGCAUGGCGCGGCGUGCUUCAAAGGCUCGCAUUAGCGGGCAACAAAACAGCGGCGGUGAGGGUCGGGGGCGCCCCAAGCUGAGGGUGGGCGGCCCACUGUGAGCUGUCAGGAAGGAAGUGACCCCCAGUGAUUGUUUUUGACCACACGUGUGUGUUCAUCUUACCUACAUGAUCACCCACUCCCCCUCUCAGCCUGUCAGACGCGCCAGCGAGCGGAAGGCGGCCAUGGCGGCGCCUUCCAUUUGAAGUUGUAAUGGUGUCAAAAAGUCAGGGCUGACUGACAGACGUCAGUCCCACAGGGCCUCAUUAAAAACACAACCACUUGACAAGGAAAUAAUUGAGCGCCGGCGACAACCUGAGGAGGGGGGGGGGGGGGGGGUCGCAUAGCGGUGAUGAGGGGUUGGGAGCGAGAGGGGGGGCAGCCCCCGCUCUCUCUCUCUCCUCGUUUUUAGAUGGUUUUAUUGUCUCUUCUUCAUGAAGGGAGUGGCAAGAGGGAGGGCGGGGCAGGAAGUAGCAAGGUAACUAGCUUAGACCCCGCCCCCUACACACCUUUUUAUUCCUUAAAAGCCCCCAAUCUUCUCUGAGUCCAAACCCCCUCCCCCCUUUUUUUUUUAGUAGCACAUUUUAAAGGCCUACUGAAAUGAGAUGUUCUUAUCCAAACGGGGAUAGCAGCUCCAUUCUGUGUGUCAUACUUGAUCAUUUCGCGAUAUUGCCAUAUUUUUGCUGAAAGGAUUUAGUAGAGAACAUCGACGAUAAAGUUCGCAACUUUUGGUCGCUGAUUAAAAAAAAGCCUUGCCUGUACCGGAAAUAGCAGACGAUGUGCGCGUGAUGUCACAUCCGCACAUUGUUUACAAUCAUGGCCACCAGCAGCGAGAGCGAUUCGGACCAAGAAAGCGGCGAUUUCCCCAUUAAUUUGAGCGAAGAUGAAAGAUUCGUGGAUGAGGAAAGUGAGAGUGAAGGACUAGGAAAAAAAAAAAAAACUACCGUAUUCCCCUGAAUUGCCGCCGGGGCGCUAAUUCAUUUAAAACCUCUUCUCACUCCUGCGCUUACCAAAGGUAUGCAGUAAACAUUUGAGUGUGAUGUAAGCUUGGACCUUAAAUCCUACUGAAUAGCUCUUAAUCUUCUUCCCUUUAUGCGAUUUCAAAUUACCGGUAUUGAAAUCAGCCACCCGUAUUUUGAAAAUGAUGACAGAGGAAGUGUCACUCGUGACGUCACGAGUUUGACCAGGCGGUAAUACUAAACAUGCGCUAAUUAUUUUGGGAAGCGAGUUUGACCCGGCAGUAAUUCAAGGCAGGCGCAUACUAUAUGCCCUGGGGCAAAUCAAGGAAAUACGGUAUACAGUGGGAGCGAUUCAAAUGUCAUUAGACAAAUUUACUAGGAUAAUUAUGGAAAAUCUCUUUUCUGCUUAUUGUGUUACUAGUGUUUUAGUGAGAUUAUAUGGUCGUACCUGUACAACCUGAAGGUCGGCCCCGCACCUUUCUUCAGCACCAGUCGACGGGUGGUGGCGAUGCCCAUCUCUGCCCUUCGCAAGGGACCGUCUUCAAACACGAUCUUUCAAAGUGAUCACUGCCUAAUACACUGUACUUUGUGUGUGUGGUCCAAUCCAACCGUGCUCGCUUGACCGCUCUGUUCCAUAGUAAACCUUCACCAUUAUCUUUCGGGAAAGUAAACAAUGAAACAUUGGCUGUGUUUGUGUUGCUAAAGGCGGCCGCAAUACACCGCUUCCCAUUUGCAGCGUUCUUCUUUGACGUCUCCAUUAUUCAUUGAACAAGUUGCAAAGGAUUCAGCAACACAGAUGUCCAGAAUACUGUGUAAUUAUGCGAUGAAAACAGACUACAUAUAGCUGGCAACCAUGCUGGCACAAAAUGUCCUCAUACCGAGACGUUUCAGCAGGAUUUUUCGGCGCCAAAUUUAAAUUGCAAUUUAGUAAACUAAAAAGGCCGUAUUGGCAUGUGUUGCAAUGUUAAUAUUUCAUCAUUGAUAUAUAAACUAUCAGACUGUGUGGUCGGUAGUUUCAGUAGGCCUUUAAUAUUGUUGACAAAAGCGUUUGAAUAUUUAAUGAGGUCAGGUGCGUACCCUCGCAGUGAUGAAGUAGGCUCCGCCCCCUUCAUGUAUGAGAUCCAAAACGAGGGGAAGCAACAUUUUGUCGGACGUCAACGACAAGGUGUCAGGCAAAAGGGGGCGGUCCUUGCGCAGCCUCACAGUGUGUGGGCGGGGCCACCGCCACACACACGCUGAACGUGACGCAACAAUGGCGGCGUGUGAUUGCUACAAAGUGUCGGCGCUUGCAGACCCCCUCAGCCGUCCUGCUCGCACAUGAAGAGGCGACACAACGUAAGAAUGGCUUUCUUGUCACGCUUUUCUCACACCCUCCGCCUCCUCGGGGCUUUUAUCAAACAACAACGGCCGCCAUUGUAAGGCGGAAGUGAGGGAGGGAUGGCAGCCUGCUCAACUGUCUUCUCCUCCAACUCUACUCACAUAUCAAUCAUCAACAGCUCUGUAAAUAUUCACACCAAUCAUAUUCAUCUUCUAACAAACUAUUCUCAUUAAAGAAAUGUCAACGAA